AUGCCUCUAGGAGAAGCGAGGGAGAUCAACCACGUACGAGAAUCUGCUCUUGCAAGCAUCAACAAACUCCAGACCAUGUUAGCCGGGCCGACGGAUUUUCUGCAGCAGCUGGUCAGCCAGACUCAACUACUAGCCUGCCUGCAGUGGCUCGGAGAAUUUCAAGUCCCAGCUUAUAUCCCUUUAGAAGGCGGCGCCUCGGUCAAAGACGUGGCGGAUCUUAUAGGCGUCCCGGAGACCCAACUCUGUCGCGUCAUACGAAUGGUGACUACUGCCGGAUUUCUACAGCUGUCCCAGCAGGGCUAUAUAACUCAUACCCCGUUGUCGAUAUCAUUUGUGGCGAAACCAUCCUACUUAGACGCAGCAAUGUUCCUAGCUGGGACAGCAGCUCCAGCUGCUUUGGAAAUGACAGCAGCCAUCAAGCAACCUUCUGGGUCUUCCGAAAAGUCAUCCAACACCAUGCAUAAUACUAGCUUCAAUAACACCAUCUUUUCAAGUGCAGGUGAGACCCAAUCCCCACGGCUCCAGCGUCAAUGGCAUUCGUAUCUCCGCUACGGAACGGGGUAUAUUUGUGACACAGCAACGGAUAUUCUCACCUGCCUCGAACCUCUCCGGAAUGGAAAUGCGUCCGUCGUCGAGGUCGGAGCGCGAUCAACGGAGCGAGCCUCAGCACUCGCAAAUCAAUAUCCGAGACUUCGAUUCACAGUCCAAUUAAGCCCAAUGGCCAUAGUCUCCUCUAGUAGACAUGGGCAUACAGCUUCGAAAUUCGAUAAUACGCGAUAUCCGUACCCGGAUCCACGCAUCACUGUGCAGCACCGAGUCCCAGGAACCCCGCAGCACAUCCAAGACGCCGCGGUUUACAUACUCAAUUUCCCCCUUCCGAUGCUAGGGGUGUCGUCCACUUCCCUUGCGACGCAAAUCAAAGCCGAACUGAAUGCGCAUUUGAAUGCGAUUCGGGUGAAUCAUUCAGCCAUUAUGGUUCUUACCGCACCUGUAUCUUUGGAGCCUGGUUUAGGGAGCACUGAGGCGGCAACCCUCGCGCGGGUGAGAGACUUAUCAUUAUCGCAAUUAGGUAAUGAACGGGAACUUGAGAUGUCAGAAGUAUUGAAUUUGCUGAAUGGUGUGAGCGAUAGCGAGGGGAGAAUAGUAUUAGUUAACAUAGUGAGGCCUGUAUCAAAUAGUGGCGCAAUCGCUUUGGAGGUCAAGUAUCAGGUAUAUGCGGAUCGGUAG